GGGUGUAUAUAAGAGCUCCUGUCUCCACAGCUCUCCAGGACCUGCAGACACUCGGCUGCAAUAUUCCCUCCAGCAGGAGUCCAGCUCACCACUAGAAACCAUGUUGGCUGUUUUUCUUCUCUGUGCUGCCUUUGCUCUGAGCGCUGCAGCAGAGCCUGAAGUGGAGACCAGUGCAGAACAGCACCCCCCUCUGGAUGAAUUUGUUGCUACAGCACUGGAGAGGAGUGUGGAGGAAGGGGAGGCUCAGGCUCAGCAGGAGGCAGGAGGCAGCAUGUCAGAUGACUUUGUGGAGGGCAGAAACUUAUGUCCACCGGGCUGGUCCAUGUACGGAAAUCGAUGCUUCAAUUUCUUCAACAGCCCAAGACCGUGGAUACAGGCGGAGCACUUUUGUUUGCAGUCUGGUGCCAACCUUGCCUCUGUCCAUAGCUUAGAUGAGUACAAGUUCAUGCAGGAUCUUGUGCUGGCCAGAACCGGUGAAUACACCCGAACCUGGAUUGGUGGCUCUGAUGCUAUUCAGAACAACGUGUGGAUGUGGAGCGACGGUUCCAGGUUUGACUUUCAAGGCUGGGGCUGGGGAGAGCCCAACAAUCAUCAAGGCAGAGAAUCGUGUGUUGAGAUCAACUAUGGAGGUGACAAGCGCUGGAAUGACUGGGCUUGUGAGGAUCAGUUUCCCUUCGUGUGUGUCAAAAAACUGAACUGCUAAACUUGUCAGCCGCUAGAACCAGGACGGACA